AUGGCGGCCGUGGAGAUGCCGGAGCUCCCGCCGGAUCGCCUGGGUCAGGUGCUCCACCGCCUGCCGUCGCUCGCCGACCGCGUCCGCUUCUGCACCGUUUGCUGGCCCUGGCGUACUGGCGCCAACGCAGAGAGGAGGGACAAGGGUACAGCUGCGGGAGCCGUCUUACGUGGCGUCGUCGGUGGCUUCUCAACGGCGUCAGACUCUCAGAGGCUUGCCGGCAAGGUCGCCGUCAUCACCGGCGCGGCCAGCGGCAUCGGCAAGGCGACGGCCGCCGAGUUCGUCCGGAACGGCGCCAAGGUGAUCCUCGCGGACGUGCAGGACGACGCCGGCCGCGCAGUGGCCGCCGAGCUCGGCCCCGCGGCGUCCUACACCCGGUGCGACGUGACGGACGAGGCCCAGAUCGCCGCGGCGGUGGACCUCGCCGUGGCGCGGCACGGGCGCCUGGACGUGCUGUACAGCAACGCCGGCUUGGCAGGCGCGUCGGUGCCCGCGCCGCUGGCGUCGCUGGACCUCGCGGACUUCGACCGCGUCAUGGCGGUCAACGCGCGGUCCGCGGUGGCGUGCCUCAAGCACGCCGCGCGCGUCAUGGUGCCCCGGGGCGUCGGCUGCGUCCUGUGCACGGGAUCCACCACGGGCAUGCUCGGCGGCCUCGCCGCGCUGCCCUACAGCCUGUCCAAGGCCACGGUCAUCUCCGUGGUGCGGGCCGCCGCGGACGAGCUGGCGCGGUCGGGCGUACGCGUCAACGCCAUCUCGCCGCACGCCAUCGCCACGCCGCUGCUGGUCCGCUCCCUCGCCAGGCUGCACCCGGGCGUGUCCGACGAGCAGCUCAAGCGGCUGGUGGAGACUGGCAUGAGCGAGCUCCGUGGCGCGGUGCUGCAGGUGGAGGACGUGGCGAGAGCAGCCGUCUACCUGGCCUCCGACGAGGCCAAGUUUGUGACCGGGCAUAACCUCGUGGUUGACGGUGGGUUCACGGCCAGCAAGCGGAUCGGCGCGCCGGCGGCAAGCGGAACCGCUAGCUGA